CAGAAGGGACUAAAGGAGGCACAAUGGACCUUGACAUCUUCAACCUGCCUAAUGUAGAGAUCAGCAAAGAUUUGUCUGCCUCUGCUCAUUCCAAGGUGGUGAUCUUCACAGUCAACUCUUUGGGUAGUUCUCAGUCUUACCUUGAUGUUGUACAGAGCAAUGUGGAUAUGUUCAGAGCACUUGUCCCAGCUCUGGGACAUUAUAGUCAACACAGUGUCCUGCUUAUUGCAUCUCAACCAGUGGAAAUCAUGACCUACGUGACAUGGAAACUGAGUGCAUUUCCUGAAAAUCAAGUGAUUGGAAUUGGAUGUAAUCUAGAUUCACUGAGAUUACAAUAUAUUAUUACAAAUGUUUUGAAGGCACAGACUUCAGGCAAAGAUGUGUGGGUUAUUGGUGAGCAGGGAGAAGACAAAGUGCCUACAUGGGGUGGCCAAGAAGUAAUGAGUCAUAAUUCUCAGGUACAGCUGUCCAACAGAGCCAUGGAACUGUUAAGGGUAAAAGGUCAAAGAUCCUGGUCUGUUGGACUAUCAGUAGCUGACCUGGUUGACAGUAUUGUAAAUGAUAAAAAGAAAGUGCAUUCUGUAUCAGUUUUAGCAAAGGGAUAUUAUGAUAUAAAUACUGAAGUGUUUUUAAGUUUGCCUUGCAUUCUUGGAAACAAGGGAGUAUCUGAAGUCAUCAAUACCACAGUGAAAGAAGAUACAGUGACUGAGAAACUUCGGAGCAGUGCAUCCUCAAUCCAUGGUCUCCAACAACAGUUAAAACUUUGAUUCUCAAGUGCAGUUACCUGAAAGGAAAGGUCAUUUAAUUUUGCUAACAUAUAUCGAUUUGAGAACUUCUGCAUCUUAUUACUUAUCCUUACAAACUGCUUGGUUAAGGUAGAUGGUUUCUUUGUUAGCUUUGUAAUUUGAAUCCUUAAGGAGUUAGACAAGGAGGGGGGAAAUCUAAUUUUCUUUGGAGUUCUUGAGGUAUCUGUACUGUUCUUUAAACCUAUAGCAGGGAUAAACAUUCAUCUGCAAUGCGAAUCAUUUUAAAUUAUGUGUCCUAAACUGAAAGCACAUUCAGCAUUUUGGGAAUAUUUUGAAAGUAAUACAUUUUUAAAAGAAAAUUACUCUGUAGCUUUUAUAAUAAACAUGAUCAGGUGAAGGCCCAGUAUGGUUCUACAAAAUCUGUGCUAGGUAUACAUUCAUAUCUUAAGAUAUUAAUGUUUAUUUUGCAAAAUACAGUUGUUAGUAAUGGUAAAAUAUUUUAUUUUCCUUCUUCAAAUUCAUUAGCUACCAAAAAAUGGAAAAGAAUUUUGCAUGCACUUUAAAAUAGUAAAAGGGAAAAUGAAAUUUUUUAAUAUAUGAAGAAAAAGUAUACUUCAAUUUCUAGUGGGACUUCCUUUUUACAGAAAUUUUCUGUAAGCUCUUCCUGGGCUAUAUAAGAUCUCCAACAUCUUAUAAACUUACUGUGAUAUUAGUAGAACCAUAGAGAAAUGUGUAUUUUCAGUGGAAAAAUAUUAUGAGUGAAAGUCAAGCAGUUUACUUUGAAGUCAAAAUAUGAGGCUUUCAUGAUAACCAUUGGUCUUAAGGGAGAGAGUUUGGAUGGACUGAUGGUUCUGAGCAAAUCCUUUAACCACUCCUGAAAAAAUGAUUCAGAGUACAUACACUUUGGUGAUGGGUCAAUAGCAAUAUUUUUAUAUGUGAAUUAUAGCAUAUUAUUACUAUUGUGACACUAAUAGUAAUAGCUCACACCAACACUUCUUCCAGGCAGUGUGAUGAGCACUUUAUUAUUUAAUUCUCACACUGAGGUAGUAACUAUUAUCGUCAUCACUUUAUAGAGAAGUAAAUUGAAGUUUAGUAUCCAAGAUCUCAUGGCUAUUAAGGGGCACUUACCCAUGCAACCUCUACUUUGUCUAGGCACUAAAAAGGGGGAAAGGCCUAGUAGCCAAAAUAGUUAUCAGAAGACCCUAAAGUUGUGGUCUUGUAUACUAUGAAAGGAUUACUUCCAUUCUCAUGUAGGGGCUUACUUUUUUAAAAAACAAAACAAAAAAUAGCAUAGUUUAGAAAGAUUGAUUCCCUGGCUUCCCAGACUUCUCCUCAGCAAAUAGUAGGGGUGGUGUGCACUGAGAUAGGUGUUUAUUUAUUUAGUCAUUCAGCUAGUAUUUAUUAGGAGCCUGCCAUCCACCAGGCACUAAUAGUGAACAAGCCUGAAUAAGGUACAAGCAGUCUUGGUCCUUACAAUCUAGUGUGGGAGAUACAGUAAUCAGAUCUGACAAAUAAAUGAACAAUUGCAAGUGUAAUAAGUACUGUGAAGAAGACCAAGGUGCUUUGAAAGCAUAUAAUAGAUGAAUCUGAAUGUGGUCAGGGAGGUAAGAGCCAGAAAGCUUAUAAGGGUAGACACAUCCUAGAUAGAGAGGAAAUAGUCAAACUAAUGCUGAUUUAGUAUAAUAAUGGAUGCUUAUAAUAAUGAACUUCAGUCACACAGAAAGGGUGAAAUUAUAUUAAGUAUUCCACGUUUAAGAAAGUAGAAAAGUAUUUAAUAUGUUGGAAAGAUUCCCACCAGAGUUAACUGGACAGAAACCUUGGACAUUUGAAGAACUAAACAUUAGUUCUAUGUAAUUUCAUUAUACAGGUAGAUUAUUUUUGUAUUACUCUAACAAUGUAUCCUUAUUGUCCUUCUGUAUGUAAUAGGAAAGUAAAGCUGCAAGAACCAUUUCUUGUGUUUUUUAAGCUAGCCUUUUCUAAAAUCUGAUAACUAAUUAGAAAUUAGAUAAUUCCUGAUACCUAAUUUCUAAUAUGCUCUUGAACGAUAAUCUAACCACAAAAUAUUGUAUAAUAGAAUUAUUAUUAUGUUACAUUGUAUAAUAGAAUUACCAAGAAUUCACUACAUUAUAAAAGGAAUAUGCCAAUACAACAAA